UCACUGGUGUUUGAACAUGUUUUGAUCAUUUUUUCAAUGUCUCUCUUGUCAAGUGCUGUGAUGAUGUUCUGUUCACCUUUUGAUUUCUUUGACGUCGGACUAUAUAUUGGUGUCUGACCAUAUAUAAAGCCACAACAUCAACAAACACUGUUUAAUUAUUUAAAAAAUAAAGUAUUUUUACGAUUUUCUUGAAAGUUGAAACUAUCUAUAAUAUAAUAUUGAGGCCUAAGCUGAACACAGACCUGUUCGAUGUGGUUUAGCCAUUCAGUAAAUUGUUCAACUACAUUAUAUUCUCUUAUUAAUGUUCAUAAACAUCCUGAACGUUUUUUGUUUCUUGCUGCAGCAUUGGUCUGCUGUUAGGAGCACAUUAGACACCUCCAUUACAGAGGGUUUAUUUCUGAAUAGCUUUGACUGAACCAACCACUGCCACAGGAAGUGAGCUUCACGCUUAGACGACAGAAUUAACAUAUCUCUUUAUCUCCACUAGAAAUGUGUGCUUUUCGCCCAUUUCUUUUAUGUCUGUAAGUUGAACUAUGCAAAUAGAAAUAGGUGAAGUUCUCCUUUUGUUUCUCGAUUUGAACGCUUUGAAGACACCCGCUGAGAACAACGGAUUUAAUUUGAAGCAGCAGGCAGAAUGACGGUUCCUGGAGGGAUUCCUCUGCUUCUGUUUGUUCUUCUGCACGGCUCCUGCACCGGCUCAGAUACAGAGCUAGUAACAGUGCCUAAAAACACAGAAACAACUUAUGAAGAGUUAUCUGUGACCAUUCCCUGUUCUUACAAAAAAACAAAGGGGUACACAUAUACACUGCUGUGGUUUAAAGAUUCAGUUUAUGACAAAGGCAAAUUUAUUGGGACUAUCGUAUACAGUAACACAGAAGAACGUCCCCAGUCUCCGGAUUACUCCAAGAGAGUGGAAUACAUCACUGAUGAAGCAUCACAAACAACACAAGAACAGGGGAUAAAAUGUGAUUUAAACAUCACCGAUCUACGAAAGACUGACAGUGGGAACUACAGCUUUAGACUUAUUGGUCCAAACCAAAAGUACAUGAGUAAUGCUCUGGUUCUCAAAGUUGAAGAAAAUCCUUGUAAGGUUCACAUUGAACCAUCAGAACUGGAGAAUCCACUCAAAGAGUCAGAAGAUUUUACUUUUCGUUGUUCAACUUUUGGUUCCUGUGAACAUUCUCCUGAGUGGCUCAUCCAUACAUCAGGACAAAAGCAGGAAUGGACAUCCUCCUCAACAACUGAUACGACCACAGUGACCAAAGAGGAAGAAGAAGGAAGAAAGGUCACCAAAAUGAAACUCAAUGUGACAUAUAAGGAUGAUAACCGGUCUCUGUCUUGUCGCCCAGCAAACAGCAAGUACGACUGGCAGAUCAAGAAACUCACAUUGUUUGUGGAAAAUGCCCCUAAAGAGACAAAAGCAACAGUGAGCCCUGAGAUUGUGAAGGAAGGAGAUUCUGUCACUCUCUCCUGCUCCAGCAGAGGUCGUCCUGAAGUCAGCUUCACGUGGUUUAAAAAUGAGAAAGUAGAAAAGUAUCAACAAAAGUCUGACUGGAAACUAAUGAAUGUGAAACCAGAAGAUAGUGGAAAAUAUUACUGUGAAGCUAAAAACAAGCAUGGAGAAGACAAAUCAGAUGUUAUUGCAAUCGAUGUGAAAUAUGGUCCAAAAGAGGUCAGAGUGGAACCUCAGGGCAGCACUGAUCUUAAAGACGGAGAACAUCUGACACUUAAGUGUUUAGUGAAAAAAAGUAACCCACGAGUCACACAGUUUACAUGGUACAAAAACAACCAGGAGCUAAAAGAAACCGGCGAGACACUAAGCAUCAUUAAAGUAAAAGCAGAUGACAAAGGAUCUUACCAUUGCAAAGCCAAUAAUGGUAUUGAUACAGCAGAGUCUAAUAAAACUACAGUGUCUGUAAAGUAUUCACCAAGAAACAUCAAAAUAGAUGGCACAACCUCUGUAAAAGUGGGCAGUCCACUGACUUUGACAUGUUCAGCUGAUGCAGACCCUAAACCACACACAUACACGUGGAGACACACACCUGGACUGUCUUCUGUCCAAUUAUCUAAAACAACCAGUUUGUUACAUAUUCAGGAAGUGACCAUUCAACAUGCAGGGCAGUACACAUGUGAUGUUACCAACACUAUUGGUACAAGAUCACGCACCACUGAAGUUAAUGUGCUUUAUCGUCCGUCUGAGCCAAGUUUGAUCAUGAAAAGUGAAGUAAGACAGUUUGAAGUGAUCUCCAUUGUCUGCGAGGUUCAAAGCUUUCCCGAGUCAGCCCUCACAGUGACAGGACCUCUCGGUGAUCUGAGACAUGUUCAGGACACUCGAAGAAACAGCACUGCAUCUGCAAACAAGCUGACUGUGUAUUUGAACGUCACGGAGUCAGACGCAGGAACGUACACGUGCAAAGCAGAAAAUCAAGAGGGAAAAGAUGAAAUUAAAAAAGAGCUAAAUGUUUUGUAUGCACCCAAAAAUGUGAAUGCAAGUAUUAAAGGAGAACAGACAUUUGGGAGUGAGCUGACCUUUACAUGCGAAGCUCGUGCCAGUCCUGCUCCGUCCUCGUUUGAAUGGAUGAAACGCACCAAUGGACAGUUAAAGCUUGUUGAUCAGAAACAUGGACUACAUUUUAAAUCUCUGAAAAUCUCUGACUCUGGUCAGUACGUCUGCAUUGUUCAUAAUUCCAUUGGAAAAACAGUCUCCCCUUCUGUAGAUAUCAAAGUGAAAUAUGCUCCAAAUGUAAAUAUAGUCCAUAACAUGACAACUUUAACUCAGUGGAAUUGGGAGCUUCCAGUCCAUCUGACCUGCAGUGCAGAUGCAUAUCCUCCUGCCACCGACUACAAAUGGUACAGAGAAGAAGACAACACGACCGUACUGUCAGAACAUCAGAACUUCACUGUUGAGCCUCAGAACCCAGGACUGUAUUACUGUACGGCAGUCAAUGCUAUCGGGAAAUCACGAUCUGGAAGCAUGAAGUUAUUUAUCGGCAGUAACUCUCUUAUGGUGUUCUACCAGAUCAUCUUACCCAUCAUCCUCCUGCUGAUUCUCAUUAUUAUAGCCAUCUUUCUGAUACGCAGGACUCUCAUCAAGGCAAGAUCAGAUCAGCAGAGUGGAGCCGAUAAUCCAAUUUGCUUUUUUCCUGUAUUCCUGUCACGCUCUUCUACAGUGACAAACUUACUUUUAUUGGGAGCACACAACAAUACCCAGGAGAAUCUGUCAGUGGAGAGCAUCCCUGAUUCAGGCUAUGGAAGGGUUAAUCAAUCACAUCCGACACCCAGUUCCCAGGAUCCUACAGCAGCACAGGACUUUAAUGCAAGGCCGAAAUCUAAUAUUCAGACGGUGUAUGCUGCUAUUAAACUGCCAAAAAUGAAACACUCCCCAAAACAGCAAAAAACUGGAUAUACGGACAAUGGCGCAGCUACACUGAACUACGUCACUCUUGAUUUCAAGGGGAAAAAUGAGCCAGAAAAAAAAGUACCUGAAGGAUCAGCAGUCUACACUGUGCUGUCCAAAAAUAAGCAGACAAGGAAUUCCCAAUCAGAAAUUCCAGAUUAUGAAAAUAUUUCUUCUGCAUGUGUGCCAAAACUUCCGUUCUCAAAUAUGGACUGGGAAUCAGAUACCAGUGAGGAAGACGAAGUGAAUUACACCGCUGUGUCUUGUUCCGCCAAGCCUGCUGUCAAAGAGCCCAAAUAUAACCAGAAGAAACACCUUAGCAGUUCUAGCUCCGAUGACGAGGACAGAACUGAAUAUUCAGAAAUUAAAACAUAAACACAAGGAGUUAAAACUAACCGCCGGUUUCAUAAACGGGCCUAGUCCUAGACUAAAAUGUAAGUCUGAGCUGUUUUAACAGAAAAAAAAAAACUUGCAAUAUCUUAAUUGAAUUAUGACCUUAUCCUGUUUUAUGAGCUAAACCCUGUCUAUGAAACCAGGCCAUAGCGUUAUAUCUGUAUAAUCGUUAUAAUAUUAUAACUGUCUGUAUAAUGUUAUUUGAUAGUGAAAAUGUUAUAUUAAUUUUUUUAUUUUGCAGUUGCCAUUGCAUUAAUGUAAUAAAUAUAUAGUGUGAUGUUUUAAGAGUACUAUUUCAUAAUGUAUCAAUACCAUUUUUUUAAAUCAAUUCUUUAGUGGAAAAUUGCUGAAAAUGGUAUGAAGUGUAUAGCUUUGUAAUUUCUUUAAAACAUUUGUAGUUGUGACUGCUGAACUGAAAAGCUGAAAGCAUUUGAUUGAUUGUAUAAACUGUACAUUUCAAAAAUUUCAAGAAGGAUGUAUGCUAUACGUUUUACAAGAUUCUACAUAAUAUGCAUGAGAGAUAUUUUAUUUUUAUUAAAUUCUGACAUCAUU